UGACGCAUAUUCCGGCCGCCAACACGAACAGCGCUUUUUCGCGGUAAAAUGAAACAGGCAUCAGGUCGACCAUUAUUAUUUCGUUUGUACUGUCUAACAGCUAACCGCCUGUAGGUAGUAUUUAGAAGCCGUGUAGUUAAAAAAAAAAAAAACUAGGGUCAGCGGCAUUGUCGCGAAGUAAGAGUAAAGCUAACGUUAGCAGCUAUCAUCACAACAUUGGAGCUUUUCACGUUUUCCACAACGUAAUAACUGUAUAUCAUAAAACCAUGUCGCUAGUAACUACAGAGAGCUUAAAGGCUGAGCUGGAAAUAUUCGAUAUACCCUAUCAGGAUGAUUCCGUCCUCGACAAAAUGGUGGAGCAGUGUAUUUGUAACAGACUGCAGACAUCCGAGAUACUGCAUGAGUGGGUUGCCUAUAGCGCCACAAAACAAGGGGUGAAGCUCACCAUGGACACUCUGGAGCAGUUUGAACAUGAGGUUUUGAACAAGAAGAGCAAAUCCAGAAAAACCUCCCGGAAGGAAGAAGCAUCCAGUAGAAUGAGAGACAUUAGCAGGAUGGAUGAUUUAAUAAAAGCUGAGGAAGAGGAGGAGGAUCUCUUAGAUUCUUACUCUACUCCUGCUAAGGGCUCUCAGAAACGACCUCUGACGACACCAGAGCAUCCUCGUUCAAAGAGAACUGCAGCUCCGAUGGCCAGCCCGAGCAUACUGCUGUCUCCAGCCAGCUUCUCUCCCAAUGCGACACCCUCACAGAAGUACAGCCAGCGGGGAGGAAAGGGGGAGGUGGUGGUCACAUUUGGGGCUGUGCAGGGCACCCGUUGGGUGGGCAGGAAAGACCCAGGUGCAGGCGUCCAAGUUGAGAUAUUGGAAGGACCGGAAGAUUCCCUUAACAGCAGCUACAAAUACAUGUUCCAGAGGCUGCGAGAUGUUCGAAACGUGUUGACAGAGAAGAUUGAGGAGCUAGGAGAAGGACUCAGGACUCACUUCAGCAUUGAGGAGUUCUCCCCCGUCUCUCUGCCUGCCCAGGACAGUAUAACUGUGCUAGGACAGAUUUGCUGUGACAGUAACGGCAAACUGAAUGCACAGUCGGUUCUGCUAGAGGCCGGACCAGAACAAGGCGGUCAGCAAGUACCUGUUGACCUAUCGGAGCUUAAAGAGUAUUCUCUUUUUCCUGGUCAGGUGGUGGUGAUGGAGGGAAUGAACACUACAGGAAGAAAACUGGUGGCUUCCAAAUUCUAUGAGGCUGUUCCUCUGCCGUUCUACAGUUCUAACAUGAAAAUGGAGACAGAUGAAGAGCCACUGAAUGUACUGGUGGCCUGUGGACCGUACACUCCCUCUGACAGUCUGACCUUUGACCCCCUGCUGGACUUAAUCAAUGUUAUUGUCAGGGAUCGUCCUGAUGUCUGCCUGCUGCUGGGCCCAUUUGUGGAUUCCAAACAUGAACAGAUUGAGAAAGCCCAGGUGACUGAGACUUUUGAGAACAUUUUCAACAGAUGCAUUGAAAGCAUUGUGGAUGGGACCAGAAGUGUUGGCUGUCAGCUGGUGUUUGUGCCUUCUCAGAGAGACAUCCACCACCAUUUCAUCUACCCACAGCCUCCAUUCAGCCUGCCCCACAUCAACAAAGAACAGGCCCAGCGUGUCACCCUGGUCCCUGACCCCUGCACCCUGCUGAUUGACGGUGUGACUAUUGGCUUGACAUCAACUGACAUCCUCAUCCACAUGGGUCCAGAGGAAAUCAGCUGUGGAACCGGCUCAGACAAAUUCUCACGCAUACUGAAGCACAUGCUCACACAGCGAAGUUACUACCCACUGUAUCCGCCUGCGGACGAGGUAAAUAUGGAUUAUGAGAAGUUCCAGAGCUUCGGCCAAAUGCCGCUCACCCCCGACGUCCUUGUUGUUCCCUCUGAAAUGCGCUACUUUGUAAAGGACGUGGUUGGCUGUGUGUGUGUCAACCCUGGGCGGCUGACCAAAGGCCAGGUGGGCGGGACGUACGGGCGGCUGCUCAUCCAGCGCAGCCCUCAGUCAGAAGACGGGAAGAGGGAGAGCCCGUGUUUGACUGCUCAGGUGGUGAAAAUCUAACAAGAGUGCAGACUCUCACUUCUAAUUGUCACCAGAAGUGAGCUGGUUUAACCAGGACCAGCUGUGCUACAGGCAUGCUGAUGGAAAACCAUUUAAAAAAAAUUCUUUUGUAUAUUGGUUUAUUUUUAUACCUUGAAUAUGUUGAAGUGUACUGUGCUCAUAACUGAUGGAUUAUCAGUCAAAUACAGCAGCAAUAAUUUCUUUUUCAAUAAAUUAUUGUUGCCCUUUGUACAGCUUUUGUAACAUUGUCUCUUCCAAUUGAGUUUUAUUGUUGUUCAGAUGUUUUUUUUAUGUUCCUGUGCCUCUAACAGGAGGAAGUAACACGCUGAAAAAUCCGGUUGCUUUUGUAGCUCAAAUUGAAAAUAAUUUUGUUUGCAGGGAAGUCUGAGUAAUGUCUGUAUUCCAGUUUAAGAUUGUAACAUUCAAAAAUGCCUUUAAUUAAAACAAGAAAAAAUAAAACAGUUAUUAAAUAA